UAUCGCAGUAACAACUGUCAAUUGCAAAACUACACCGCCACACACUGCACGGUGGCGCCGCCCAAUCUCGUCGCUUUUACUGCUGCACAGCCAAUCAACGCUCGCUCAUGUGCAAGUUUGAAUUUUUCGCCGGCCGUGGCCGUUUGAGAUUUUUCAAACACGCUUGAAAUCCGUUACGCACCCACCAGCAUUCUUGAUGAAAUAAGUUUGUGUCGCGGAUUGCGCGGUCCUAUCUUGGAGCCUGCCAGACGUGUAUACCUUUGAGACAGCGAUACACAGUGUGUGAGGAAGUGAGCCCUAUAUGUACUGGAAACAAUAGAAUCUGCGCAGUUAAUCCAUUACCCCACCAAACAACCUUUUUCUAUUUAUUUUGGGUGAUACUUUCAGAAAAGGCCGCCAUCGUGGGGUCCUUCAUAACAAAAUCGGCCGAGGACCUUGUGCACGAUUGUAAUUCGUCCGUGGACGAAAAAUUGAACACAGAGUCAGGCCACAGACGAAGAAGUGACUCGAAUCCAGAAUCUUUACUCCGCACUAUAAAAUUAGGGCAAUUUACUGCUAGCAGUAUGGAUAAUAUAGAUGCACCACAAUGGGCAGACUUCACUGCCCCAAGUCCUCAAGUAUCAAUGGAUGAUUACUUUUUGAAGAGGAAUAGAGAAUACCGUGAGCAGAUUGGAUCAACUGCCUCAUUGGAUUCCCCAUUCUUGUUAAUGAAAAAAAGUAAUUCCAGUAAAAUUCCAUUGAGUGAAAUAUCCUACGGUAAUGAUAGUUCUAUAAUGAAAACACCAGCAAAAGUAAUCAGUGGUAAACCAACAAAAAGUUCAACUGUAAAGGAUAGUUCUACCAAGGAAAGAACAUAUGAAAGUGUUAUAAGUGAAGCAUUGAAUAAUUUACAGUUGUCUCAAAUAUAUGAUAAGUCAAUGAAUAAAUCUUGCUUGAUAGAUACACCAGAAUUUAAAACUCCCAACAGAAUUACCAGAUCAAUGUGUGCGCAAUAUUCUUCUUGCACUCAAAAUGAAGAAGAACACUAUCAUUCCAUAAAGGAAAAGUCAGUGAGGUUUUUAACAGAUGAAGAUUUUAAUGGAAGUAAUAAAGAAAAUAUUGAAGUUGAUGAAGAAGAAAGUUCAAAUAAUGAGCAAUCAUCUGAACUGAAAUUGGAAAUAACAAAUACUAGUACGGAACAUGAUACUUCUCAAGAUAAAUCUGAACCAGAACAAGAUAAAACAGCCAAUGUGACCUCUGCAGGUAAUGAUAGUAUAAAUGCUACAAAAAGUAAAGUACUCACAUCUUCUAGCUCAUCAGUUUUUGCCCCUGCAAACAAUUUGAAGAAAAAGUUUACUCUUGUAGCUGGAGAAGCUUGGAAAAGACAAAUGAAAAGACGCCUAAGCAUAACAAAUCAACGAAGAAUGAGUUUGAAUAAAUCAUCCGGUACUCUUCCAAAAAAGUUUGUGAGUAUGGCUGAAGCAGUUUCAAAAUUCCAUCGUGUCACCCCUCAAAGAUUUCAUACUGUCAAUGUUAAAACAACUAAAACAGAACAACUUCGCAGUCAGUCAUUGAAGCUUACCAAAGCACAAUCUCCAGCCCUUAUGUGUAAAAAUAGAUCAAGACCUGUAACUGUUUUAAGUUCAGAAGAAAAAGAAAAAUUAGAGCUAGAUAAAAUUCGUCAAAAUCAAAUCAAGGCAAAUCCUGUGCCAAAAGAUAUUUUGAAAAAACCAGCAUCAUUAAAGAAAGUUGAGAAAAAAUUAGUCACCAACCCUCAACCAUUUCAUCUAACAGAAACCAAAAAAGGACAAAUGGCUCAAAAAUCCAGUCAAGAAAUAAAACGAACUCAUCGACCCGUUGUAAAAACUGUGCCAUCUAUUGUUAGUUCUGAUGAAAAAGGAAUUAUAGUAAAGGAUGAAGAAGUUUUGUAUUUUGGUAUUCCAUGCAAGAGUAAGAAAGAAAAUACAAAAGUAAAACCAUUUAGCUUUGAAGCUCGUAAUCGUGAAAUUCAGAUGAGAAAACAAGAGAAAAUAAAGCAUAUACAACAAAUUGAACAAGAAAAAGUUAAACCUGAAUUUCAUGCACGACCUGUUCCAGCUGCAGUCAGAACGCCUGUUCAAAAGCCAUUGAAUAAUUCAACACAUAAACCAAAGAUCACUUUGACACGCUCAUUGAGUUUCGAAAACAGAGUCAAAGAGCAGCAAAAGAAAAAAGAAGAAAAGAUUAAACAGAUGUUGGAAGAAGAAAAGAAAAUGAGAACCUUUAAGGCUCAAAAAGUUCCAGAAUUUAAACCUGUAUUAGUACGAGGACGAUCUAGGGAUAAUCUUAUGAAAAAAUCAACGGAAAAUCUGGCCAAAUCAGCGAGUGUUACAGCUCCAAGUGCCAAUAAACCAGCUAGCGGCACUACAAAUAAACUGACACGCUCUUUAAGCAACAACUUACAUGAAUUAGGGAAAAUCAAGAGUUCUCUUAAGAGAUCUAAUGAAAAUUUGCUGACGAAAUCCAAUUCAUUGACUAAGCCAGGAAGUACUUUGAAGAAAACCCCUUCUAUUCCUUUUGUGGCUGCUAAAAAAUCCAGUCUGCCAGUAAAAAAUACCGAAAAUCAAGAAAAUAAAGUUCACGGCGCGAUUCCGAAAAUUCUUGAGCCCAAGUGCAAAAUAUCACAAAAAAGUGCAGCUAUUUUAACUGAACUGAACACAGAUAAAAGAGCUAAACAGAGAAAAGAAUUUGAAGAGCAAUUGAAAAAGAAAGAAAUGGAGGAAGUUGAAAUGAAAAAACGCGAGGAACAAGAACGAUUAGAAAAAGAAAAAGCCGAACAAAUGGAACUUAGAAAGAUGACUGAACAUAAGGCUCGACCAAUGCCCGUUUAUAAACCAUUGCAAAUAAUUAAGUCCAAUAAACCACUGACGGAUGCUCAAAGUCCAGCUUGGGCAAAGCGAAAAGGAUCGAUGCAUUAAAAUUUAUCGUGCUUUUUUCAGUUUUUAUCUAGUUUCAUAUAGUCUUGUAUGUUGUAUAACGUUUUGUAUCCGUUAAAUAUAUAUGUAUAUGUAUGAACAAGAGUUUUUAACUUUGCUCCAUAUUAUGUUCAAAUGUAUGCACUACUUAAUAUUACAAUAAUAUGGUUUACUAAUAUAGAUUGUUUCAUUUUAACACGCUUGGAUUUUUUAUAAAAAAAAUGUAGACAUAUCAAUUUUUUUAGUAAUUAUGAAUCGUUUAAUAAAGAGCUUUAUAACACGAA